AUGUUUCUCACUUCUCUGCUCGUCGACCUCACCCAAGCGGACGAGGAAAUCGACUUCGAGGACACGCUUAAUAUUCUUGUCGGGCCUGCCAAGAAAUCCUUUCAGGUGCCGAAGAACUUGCUAUGUGAGCGCUCAGCCUUCUUCAAGGCAGCUUGCGGCGGGCGAUGGCAGCAAGAAGGGACCGGCAUCAUCAGUCUCCCAGAAGACUGCCCGAAUUUCUUCUCCGCCUACCUGCAGAUUUUGUUCCGAAACGAAGUGACACUCUCGAGCGACGGCGGUGCGACUAUUCGGGGUCUAAGCAGUGUGUACGUCUUGGCCGAUAAGCUCUGUGACCUGGUGGCUGCCAAUCUGGUCAUGGAUGCGAUCGUGUUGCGUCUGAAAAGCACGCAGUGUAGGGGGGCCCCAGCUCCUGGGACGACACGCUUCAUCUAUGACCAUACUUUGAUCUAUCACCCUUUACGUCGAGUGCGGGUCGAACACUGCGCCAUCGUAAUACGAAAGCGAGCGCAAGAGAGAGUUCUUCGGAAUCGGGACACCCCUCGCGCAUUCGUCGAGGAUGUUGCGGUUUUCUCGACCAACUCCAAUCUGCGGCGCGUGCAUCGCAAGCUCAGGUUUCUAGACAGACCGAGCAGUAAGUGGCACAUCACAGAAAGCAGCGGGACGAGUUCCGAGCAUGGUGUUGCCAACACUAUUACUUGA